AUGAGAAGAAAGAAAGAAUUAGAGAGAGAUGAGAAAGGAUAUACUAUCAUGUCCAAGAAUAACUUAAAGAUUAUUUGCGAGAACGAUGAACUUUAUGAAUUUCCAGAUUUGAAUGAAAAGCUUUACUUGCAGUUUAAAGGGUUCCAUAAAAUAGAAAACCUUGAUGAAUAUGUGAAUUUGAAAGCUAUAUGGUUUAACAAUAAUGGCAUUUCCAAAAUAGAAAAUUUGACUAAUUAGACUUUUUUGAUUUCUCUAUUUUUAAACAACAAUCUAAUUCCCAAGAUUGAAAAUAUUUCUCACCUUUAAAACCUAUAGACAUUGAAUUUAUCUCACAAUAGAAUUUCUAAAAUUGAGAAUCUUUCAGCUUUGAAAAGACUUGGUAAUUUAGAUCUCUCUUCUAAUAUUAUAUAGGAUUAUGAUGGUUUAAUUGGGCUAUUAGAAUGCCCUUCUCUGACUAAUGUUGAUAUAAGUAAUAAUUUGAUCGAGCAUGAUGAUAGAAUUUUAGAUAUUUUCAUUUAGAUGCCCAUAUUAGCAUGUUUGUAUUUAAGAAAUAAUCCUUGUGUUAGGGAAUUUAAGAAUUACAGAAAGCGUUUGAUUGGCUACAUCUCUACAUUAAAAUAUCUUGAUGAUAGACCUGUUUUUAUAAACGAGAGAAGAGUAGCAGAAGCGUGGAUUAAAGAUGGUAGAGAUGGUGAAAUGAAUGAAAGGAAUGCUAUAAUUAGAGAAAGAGAUUCAAGAAAUUAGAAAACUUUUGAAGAAACAGUUGAAAUGAAUGAAUAAAUAAAGAAGAAAAGAAGGAAUGUCUUCAUGAAAGCUUAAGAAGAUUACAAAAAAGAAGUUGAAAGAAUACAAAGAGUUAUCUAAAAAUGCAAAGAUGAAAAUAAACCUGCUUAUUACAUAGAGCUUUUAGAAAGAGAUCUUGAGAUAGAGAAGUAGAAGAUAAAAGACAUGGAAGAAAAUUUAGACAAUAUAAAUGUUGCUGAUAACUUUAAUGUUGUUAGAUCUUUUUCAUGUACUUAUAAUGAAGAUGGUUCCGUUUCAAUCUGGAAUAAAACAGAGGAGCAAGUUGCAGAAAUUAAGAAGCGAUUCUUUGAUAACCCUGAUGUGCAAAGAACAAGAACGAGAGAAGAGUUAGAAGAGGAAAGGAGAUUAUAGAGAGAAGAAUAGCUAAGGCAAAAGUAAGAUGAAGAGUAAAGAUAAAGAGAGUUGUAAAAAAAGCAAGAAGAAAGAGAUGAAGAAGAGAGAAGACAAAAAGAAUUUAUAGAUUAUUCAAAGCAAUGGAAGACAUUUAUGUUAGCAGAUAAAGAAAAGGAAGAAAAAGAAAGAAAAUAAUAAGAAGAAUACAAAUAAAUGUCCAAUCCCCAAUUCUAGAGCAUCAAAUAAUUGCGAUAAAGAUGGAUUGAUGGUGAUUAUGAUUAGUUACUUGAAACUUUACUCCUAAGCUAUGUUUUUGACUUUGAAAGAGCCUCAAUUGAGUUUAACAAAAUCGUAUCUGAAGUUAUGAUACGCUUAUAAAAGCAGUUCCAACCAUUUUCUUCAGACGAUUUGAGGCAGAUUUGGACUUAUAUUGAAGUUAACAAAUUUAGAAAAAACAGAACAAAUGAAGAAUAUCAAAGAAUACAAGAAUAAUAAAAAAAUUAGGAUAAAAUAGAUGAGUAAAAGCAAAAGGAAAAAGAGUAAGAAUCUCAUAAUUAACAGCAAGAAUAAUAAGAAAGCUAGAUAAAUAAUAAAGAAAUAUAAUAAGCUAUUAGCAAUAUAGAGUCUUCACCUGAAAGUGAAAAUAACAAUAGUUUUAAUAUAAUCUAGUCAUAAACUAAUGAGUCUAAUUAAAGAGAAAAAGAGAGUAGUUUAUUCGUCAAUGCUCGUAAAGAAAUAGACGAGUUAAAAAAGCAUGUAGCGAUCAAUGAUUAAGAUUCUAACAAUCUCUCAAAUACUUCUUGGGAAAAGAUAAACAAAGAGUAAAGCAGCGAAAAUUUGGAAAGCCAAAACAAAUAGAAGGAAGAUUCAACCUCUUAGCUAUUCAAAAAAAUAGAUGACAAUGCUUUAGAUUUAGAUGGAUUAGAUUGA